AUGCACUCCGACCUGUGUGGCGAGGGUCAGGUCCAGUCCAAAGCCUCACAUGGGGAAUGGGUUGGUGUCUUCUUCACGCUCUCUCUGCAGGUGGUGUACUACGUGUAUGCCGUGUUUGGGAUCUGGCUGUUUGAGGGAGUCAUCAAACCUCCUCCAGAGAUGAGUGGGAUCUCCAAUACCUCCAUGGAGAACAUCACCUCUAACUUCAGCAUGCAGUGUGGCACCUAUGAGCAGCUGGAAUACUGGCCAAACAACUUCGAUGACUUCGCUGCAGCCAUCAUUUUGCUGUACAAUGUCAUGAUAGUCAACAACUGGCAGGCCUUCCUAGAAGUAUACAGCAGACACACAACAGGGUGGUCGAAGAUCUACUUUGUGUGUUGGUGGCUCACCUCCUCUGUCAUGUGGGUCAACUUGUUUGUGGCAGUCAUUUUAGAGAACUUCAUCUACAAGUGGGACCGGAGUCACAGCUGCUCCGUCACCGAAGUGGAGAGGAUCAGAUAUGAAACCUCUGUUCAGUUCAUGUUCAGAGAGCAAAUCAAGGAGCCAACCGAAGAGGAAUUACUAUAUCAAUUAAACCAACACCCCCACUUACACCUACACUGGUGACACACACACACACACACACACACACACACACAC